GGCUGGCGAUGCACAAGACAAUUCUUCCGCGCCGAUCAAUGUCAUCUCCCCCUCUCUGCCAACGCGUUGCGAGCAAUGAGUCGACGGGUCUUGCUGCCACGACGAGCAGCAGCAGCAGCCUUGCUUCCCCUUCCCACCUUUCGCAGCAGACCCGCCUUGCGCUCAGCUCCUCGACGCACUCUCGUCUCAGCAGCACAUCUCCAAUUCGGCCAGCCGCUGCACGAGACCCAUCCCCAUCUCAUCCAAGCCGGAGAACUCACUCCGGGCAUCUCUGCCCUCGAAUACCAUCAUCGCCGCGCGACCCUCGCCCAAAAACUGCCUCGAGGCGGCAUUGCCAUUCUUGCUGCCAGCGAGCUCAAGUACCGCUCCGGCCCUGUCUUCUAUCCCUUCCACCAGGACCCCAACUUCUUCUAUCUCACCGGCUUCAACGAGCCCGACGCGGUCGCUGUAAUCGAAAAGGGCAAAUCCAAAGUCGAGUACACCUUCCACCUCUUCGUGCGAGGCAAAGACGCGCAAGCCGAACAAUGGGACGGGGCACGGUCGGGGACACAAGCGGCGUUAGACGUCUUCAAUGCCGAUGAGGCGGGCGACAUCGAGCACCUCUCGACUUCCCUUGCGGACAUUGUAUCUGGUGCACAAGAGGUGUAUACCGACAUCGGCUCCUUUGGGCGCAAGAAUGCACUGUCGCGCUUCUUCGGCGGAUCGAAUGCGAAGCUCGAUGGCUUUGCGAAAAUGCUGCGCGACUCCACCGUCAGACCGCUCCGGCCCUUCAUGAAUGAGCUGCGUCUCGACAAGUCAGAGGCGGAGCUGAACUGCAUGCGCAAAGCGGGCUCCAUCUCUGGGGCUGUCAUCACGGCCGCCAUGAAGCGUGGUUACGAAACCGAGAAGCAGCUUUGGGCGGACCUGGCAUACGGCUUCAAAACGCAAGGCUUGGAUGGCGAGGCUUACGUUCCCGUGAUUGGGGGUGGUACGAACGCUCUCAGCAUCCACUACGUGCGGAAUGAUGCGCGACUGCGCAACGGCGAUCUCGUCCUCGUAGAUGCCGGGGGAGAAUACGGCAACUACAUUACAGACAUUACGCGGACAUGGCCCGUCACCGGAGAAUUUACAGGGCCGCAGAGAGACAUGUACAACAUGAUCCUCCAAGUGCAGAAGUCAUGUGUGAGUCUGUGCCGAGAAGACGCGGAUGUCACCCUGGACAAACUGCACCGGAUUGCGGAGGGCGGGUUGAAGAGUGGGCUGAAAGAUCUCGGAUUCGACACGUCGCGUUCGGACGUGAUGGACGUCAUGUUCCCUCAUCACGUGGGCCACUUCAUCGGCCUGGACGUACACGACGCGCCCGGUCACCCUCGCACGCAGAGGCUGCGGGAGGACCAAUGCAUCACCAUCGAACCCGGCAUCUACGUCCCCACCGACGACGAGCGGUGGCCGGAGCAUUUCCGCGGGAUUGGAAUCCGCAUAGAGGAUUCUGUGCGGAUUGGUAAGGAACAGGCCGAAGUGCUCACCCGUACGGCGGUGAAGGAAGUCGAAGAAAUCGAAUCCUUGAGGCGAUGAUGCUAGCUUUUG